UGUCAUUUGGACUUUUGUCCGCCUCUCUGUUUUUUGCGCCCUCGCUUCUGUGGCGGCUCGCCAUGGGUUUCCAUGCCGCCAAUGUUCCUGUCCUGCUGUCCUGCUGUCCUGUCCUUGUGCUUUGGUUCGUCUCUGAUCUCGUCCAUCCGCAUCACCCAGUGCUCACCCAGGGCACACCAGGGCACACCCAGUGUCCAUCCUCUCCUGCCAUGGCCUCCACAAAGCCGUCGCUUGUCAUUGUCCUCGACACACCCUCGCCGGCUCCGGUUCGCGCUCAUCGAUCCUCUCUCCACUCAUCGGGCCCUGGCUCGGGGCGCAGGUUGAAUCAAUUCGGAUCGCCGUGUUGAUCAAGUUUAACAGAAUACGAUUCCUUCACAAUCAAACUUUGAGCCCCGCCUAUUCGAUCCUUCCAAUGACAGUUCAAUCCGAAAAGACUAUUUUGGUUGAUUUGGCGGCUCCACCGGCGUUCAUUUUGUUCCUUUGGUUGAGCUUUGCUUGCCAUGACGGAUGGAGGGUGGCCUUUGGGUCGUG